GUUGGCUCCCUCGUACCAGGCGAGCUGCAUAUUGCCUCGUACCGCAACCCGUGAUCUGCGAGGUGCUUACACUGACAAAAGGCCAUCAACAAAAAACAUCGUGUUAGUCCACAUUUCACAGCAUUAGGUAGUAUCUCGGUCAGGUUAUUGCCCGAAUGAGGCGUCAUCGCACCGGCCAGUCCGCGGCUUGCAGACUGUCGAGAUGUCCUGUGAGUCUAUAAAAGAGGCCGCCUUCCUGUGCUGAGACAUGAAUAAGACAAGAAGUCAACAGUCUCACAAGUAGAGUUCUCUGCCUUUACUUUCUCAACAAUCCAGCCUUUUCCACUCCCAGAAAAUUACAUUUCUAUCUUCCUCAUUGUCACCAUCGUCACCAUCAUCACCAUGAAGUUCCUCGGUCUCACCACCCUCCUGGCCCUCCCACUGGCCAUGGCUGCACCAGCCGCCGAGCUCGUCGCAGGCAACGUCUUCAUCUGCACCCAGUCAGGUUGGGGUGGAGAAUGCCGCAAUCUAUUCGUCGGCGCCGCCACAGGCGACUGGAGGACACAAUGUCAGCGCCUCCCGGAGACCUACGUUCGGAACAUCGGCUCGGCGGGUCCCGACGCGGGCGCCCUCUGCCGGCUGUUUGACAACGACCACAGCGACUGCACCGGCUCCGGCCUUGCCAUCCUGUCCAAGCCUGGAAGCGACAACCUGGGAGCUGCGGGUCAGCAAGCUGUGUACAUCUCGUGCGUUACUUGCACCAACUGCACCUAGAGGAAACGAUCGGCUUAGUUCAGUCCAGGGCUGCAGGUAUAUUCGAUGUUUAAUGCCACAGUCGUUGCUGGUUGGUGGAGCAUGGUGAGCAUGCAGUGGUUUGUGGUCAAUUAAUGUUUUCAAUGGAUCUGGCUUAGUAGGUAGUUAGCUUGGUUAGAUCGAAUUCCAAAUAAUGUCUUUUUCC